GUGGCGCGACGGGCCCGUUCGCAGGCGCUCGACGCCUCGUCUCGAGGCCGGCCAAAAGGCCGGCAACGACAACAGCAGCAGCAGCGACGACAAGGCAAGAAAGAGCCGCCAAAACCUCGAGAAAAUCGGCGGCGGGAUCUUCGUCAUCGUUGGCACGGCCGGAGACAGAGGACGGGGACGCAGGGCUAUCAACAGACCCCCGCAAGAGCCCCCAAUCCGAGCCCGCGUGCUGGCACAUGCGAGGGCGGCUCACCAACACGGCCACCGGCCAAACCAUCGCCCUCGUGGAAGGUGUCGAGCUUGCCAGAAGCCUGGCCUUCGAAACCGCCUCCUCAAGAAAAUCGAGUAGACGACCGAAGAGGCCGGCGGGCGGCGCGGGUGGCGCGGGCGGGGCGGUUGCCGGGGCGGAGGGAGAAGGAGAGCUGGAGGUCGACAAGGCGCUCAAGCCAGGAAGGUGGACGGCUUUCGGGGCCCUCGCCACCAGCAAGUUUUUCAUGUACCAGGACCCGGCAACUGGGGAGCCCAUGGACCACUUUCGCAACACCCCGGUGGAAAAGAAGCAGGCGGUUCGGACGUACGAGCGCUUCUCGCAGGUGGUGUCUCACCUCCUGCAGCCCAACGGGCGGGUGCUGGUGGUCAGCGAGUGGGACGGCCGCUCUGUGAAGGCGGAAACCGCCAACAACAACGGCGUGGAAGAAAUCGAGGGGGGCCGUGGCGGUUGGUUUCCCGGCGGGGCCAGAGACCUCGGUAGCGGCAAGGACGAGCGGUCCCUGUCUCGCUCUCCCUCGUCCCCCCCCCGCCGGGUCUUCAACCUCCACUUUUUCGUCGAGGCUCGAACUCCGAAGGAGGAACGAGAGCUCAAGAGGUGGCAGGAACGGCCGGGUGCCCGGUGGAUCGCCUUCGGGUCGCCCCCCCCCCGGGCCCACGGCUGCAAGGAGGUGUACAGCUACGUCACCGGGAGCGAACGGGAAGGGGGAGGAGGAGGCAACGAAAGAAAAGAAGGGAAGAAGGCCAGGCUGCCUUGGGCUUGGAACAGGAGCAAGGCGGCGUCGGAUGCGCGGGAAGGGGAUGAUAAUGCUGAAGUUGUCGACGAUGGCUCCGUGGCACUAGCUUCGUCGUCGUCGUCUUCUUCGUCUGGACGGGGUGGCCGCGGCGGCGCCGGAGGGCUGAUGUCCUACACGCGUUACGGCGAGUGCCCGACCUGGUACGGGACCGGGCGCAUGUGCGGGCUGGACGUGCAGGCCAGGCGGGUGGACUCGUUCUCCUCCCUGCCGGCCAAGCUGAGGGAGAAGGUGCUGGAGGUGGACCCCGAGUUCGAGGUGGGCCCCCCCGGGACGAUGGGCGAAGUUAGACGGGCCGCGAGAGAGCAGCGGUUGGAGAGGGAGGAGGAGAGGAGACGGAAGGGGAGGAGGUCGUUGCGGCGGCCCUUUGGGGCGUGGGGUUCGUCUUCCGCUCGCGAUGGAGAGCCGUAAAAUUCUGCCUCGUCGUGCUUUUUGCAAAUUUGUUUACGCAUGCGUGCGUGGGCCAAGCGAAAGGGGGCUUGGAACAGGAAUUAAAACGCGUGAAGCAAGUGGUUUUUUGCUGGAAUUUGUUUGUUCCACUGUUGUUUUGUGUGCCGAAAGGAAGGGAGAGAGAACUGGAGUGAUAGAUUGAGACCUUUGCUCGGUUUUAAAAAGUGUGUCUCUUUGGC